GUCGUUACUUAAGCUACUAUUUGGUUUGAGAACGGUAACUUAUAAUUAACUCACCUAUACUUUGUUCGUUGAAUAAUGUUCUCAAUUUCGUUCCUUCAUACUCCGCCUUUUGUACUAUAGCUAAGUGUGGAAAUCUAACGCUAGCUACAUCAGCUAAGUUACCAUUUUGCAGAUAAUAUGCUAACUGCUGUGCGAUGCAUGCUGUCUAAGCUGGCCUCUCCAUUGUGGAGGACUGGAGAGGCUGAUGGAGAGGGCCUUUGCUCUGAUGCAACAGGCCAGGAAAACAUUCGCAACCUGCGGGGCAGUGUGGUGACCCAGCUGUGCCUCGACUAUGGCAUGAUCGACGAUGCUAUCUACUUCACCACCGGAGAAGUGUUGGGCGGGAUACCUCUGAAAGAAGGGGACGUGGUGAACUGCGUAGCAGUACGUGAUGGUGCCCAAGGGGGGUGGAAAGCUUUAAGGGUGGAGAAGAGUGCAGAUGCUUGGGAGGAAGGAGGCAGUACCUCCUUAGAAGCUGACAGUAUGCAGCUGCGGCCUCUCAUUGGCACAGUCACAUCAUUUGAUGGAGAUGGUGGCUACAUAAACCAGACCACAUACUUCCCACGCAGCAGCUUAUGGGAAGGUUAUGAGCCAAUGAAAGGAGACUGGGUCCAAGCUAAAUAUUUUGUCAAUCCUACCCAAUGGACCACCCAGGCUAGUUCUGUGGCCCCUUUACGCUACAGCCGCCUAGACCAGGUGCGUGUGACCAGCGCUUAUGGUAAAAAUGGAGUGGUGGAGGACAGUGUGUUCUACAACCUGGACUCUCUGCUGCUGCCUGCCCACUACCAGCCUUUGCCAGGACAUAUGGUCAACCUAGUGAUGGUGGAGAGCAGUCAGUCCUUAUACAGUUGGAGGGCCCUGUGCAUGGCACCCUGCCAGAGUGAGAAUAUUUCCAUUACACGUCUCCCAGAGACUGAACUCCAGAGUAUUUUGGAAAACAAAGGGGGGCUGCAUGUAUCGGACUAUGGCCAGUUUGGGGAUCUGAUGAUUGGCGAGAAGCGAGAGAUGGUGUUUUGGAUACAAAAUAAAGGUUCAGAGACCCACACACUGAAGUUCUGUGACAUCGCUGGCUGGGACUCAGAGGGACAGUUCCUCCUGGUUUCUGUCAAAGACUUCAAACCACUGAGACAGAAACAACAGCCUUUGCGAGAAAACGGCCAAGAGUCUCAAAACUGCUCGCAGUCUUCAGAAAAACAAGGUGGUUAUGCAAAGGAGGUAAAGAAAGAAAAUGACGAGGUGCUGAAGGAGACUAUCCAUUCCCCUGGUGUAAAGAGAGAGGACAGAAAUGUGGAUAUUCCACCAGGAGAGAGGCUGCCUAUUGUCGUAGCAUGCCAAGCAAAGAGCCUGGGAAGCUGCGCUGAGCUGCUGUUGCUGCACUUCUCCUCUUUCACCAUCGGGAGGCGCCUGAAGGUCACAGUGGGGAGUAAAGAGGAGACCCUGCUGCAGCCCUCAGUGCCCUACACUCCUAGAGAAGCAACUCAGGCCUCCUCCACAGUGCCUGGUCAAGUGAUAACUAUCUCUGCUCCAAAAGACGCACCAAGGAUUACGAAGCGACGACUGCCAAACUUCCUACCCAACUACCCGCUGCCCCAGGCUCUCAGAGACUGUGUGGAUGCUCAGAGCGACGUGCUGGUGGUUCAGCCCUGCUUAGGAGAGGUUCUCUCACCAUCCAACAUGCAUCUGCGUUUCUCCUUCCUUCUCUGGCUGGAUGAGCUGCAUGCAGAGAGGGAAAUGAAAGAACAAACAAUCCACGGGGCCCUCCUCAAGAAAGGAGCGGUCUACCUGCACCUAGAGGUCCUUGGGUUGUCCGAAGGCAGACCCAAUCUCAAUAUAGGGGACAGAAUAUUACUGAAGAAACCACAGAGUGACGGAGUGGUGAUGGAGUAUGUUAGUUAUGUAACAGAGAUCAAUGAUGAGACUGUGAGUUUGAGAGUGAACUCGGAGUUUCAGCGCAGCUACCUCGGGGAGCCACUCGAUGUUGAGUUCUCUUACAACAGAUUGCCUACGAGACGGUGUCACUACGCACUUGAACACACAAAGCAGUUUGGGAAUAUUCUCUUCCCCUCUAAAGUGACUGUUCAGACCCAUCAGUGGACAGGGAAGUGGAGCGAUGAGACAGAGCAAAACAAAGCAACGGGCAAUGAGAUUCCAACCAAGGAAAAUGGAAAGGUUUCCAUGGACAUGCAGUCAAAGGCCACGCAGACUAAAGGAGGAACACUGCCAUCCAAGCCCAUCCCCAGUGCAGGGCACUUCUUUAACCCGGACCUGAACCCCCCUCAGAGAGAGGCGGUGAAGAGGAUCCUGGAAGGGGAGUGUCGGCCCAUUCCUUAUGUGCUGUUUGGACCUCCGGGCACGGGAAAGACCAUCACCGUCAUAGAAGCCAUACUACAGGUUUACCACUUUCUGCCCAGUAGUCGUGUUCUCGUGUGCACUCCCUCCAACAGCGCUGCUGACCUCAUCUGCACCCGCCUUCAUCACAGUGGCUUCCUGCAUGCUGCGAGUUUGGCCCGUGUCAACGCAUCCUCAAGGCAGGAGGAGUCCAUCCCAGAAGCACUGAGAGCGUACUCAAAGGCAGGAGAGGACAUCCGCCACGCCUCUUUCCACAGGAUUGUGGUCAGCACUUGCUCCAGCUCUGGAAUGUUCCAUAAUAUAGGAAUACACGUGGGACAUUUUACCCACGUCUUCCUGGAUGAAGCCGGCCAGGCCACAGAACCUGAGUCCCUGAUCCCCAUGAGUUAUCUGUCAGAGAGAGAUGGACAGGUAGUGUUGGCUGGAGACCCCUGCCAGCUGGGUCCAGUAGUGAAGUCAAAGCUGGCCACUGCAUUUGGCCUGGGGGUGUCUUUGAUGGAGAGGCUGAUGGCUAACCCGCUGUACGCCAGACAUGACUGGGGUUACAACCCUAAACUGGUGACUAAGCUGAUCUUCAACUACCGUUCCCAUGAGGCCUUGCUCACGCUGCCCUCCAAGCUCUUCUACAAGGGCGAGCUGUGUUUUAAAGCACAGAGGGACGUAGUAGACUCUCUCUGCCAGUGGAAAACCCUGCCCAAAAAAGAAUUCCCUCUCCUCUUUCAUGGAGUUAGAGGUACAGAGUUGAGGGAAGGCAACAACCCGUCAUGGUUCAACCCAAUGGAGGCGGUGCAGGUCAUGUUCUACUGCUGCCAGCUGGCCAAGAAGCUCUGCAACCCUGUGGACGUCUCGAACAUCGGCAUCAUCGCCCCCUACAGGAAACAAUGUGAGAAGAUCAGAGUGCUGCUGGGUCAGGUCGGCCUGUCUGAUAUCAAAGUGGGCUCUGUGGAGGAGUUCCAAGGACAAGAGUUCCUGGUCAUCAUCAUGUCUACGGUGCGCUCUAAUGAAUCCGUACUGAGUGAUGAUUUGCAGAGUGUUCUCGGCUUUCUGACCAACCCCAAACGCUUCAACGUGGCCAUCACUCGCCCCAAAGCCCUGCUCAUAAUUGUUGGGAACCCCCACAUCCUCAUCAUGGACCAUUGCUUCAGAGCUCUACUCCAGUACAGUUUCAUCAACGGGGCAUAUCUGGGUUGUGACCCCCCUCCCUCCCUCAGAGAGUGUCAGAUAGUUGCAGAAGAGCAAAGGAUUGCUUAAGAGGACAACGUAAUCAUGGACGGUGUACCUCAGCUACAACUUGACUGUCUUAUCGUGUUCCAAGACUUUAUUUUUGUUUUACCCUUCAAUUUACCAUGGCUUGUCUCUCUUUUGACUGUUUGUGAUCAGUGUUAACUGAUUUGGUUUGAAAAGAGGAAUUUCUUGUUUCUGUGAAAGCCAAAUGCAGUUCUAAUCAGGGGGGGGGUAGAAAUAAAGAUGAUGCUUGUCUACACUGCACAAUUA